AUGGGGAUCUGUGGUGUCCCUUUAACAGACAGGGCUAGGAAUCCCGGGGGGAAAUUCCCAAAGCAGCCUUCGGCUGGCGUUGCUCCACACCAAGCGGCUCUCCAAGGGAAGGUGCCUCUGAAGGUGGAGGUUCUAUCUCAGCCCAGGAGCAGCGUCCUGGAGGCGGUUGGCGCCAAGGGAAGAGAUGGCGCGCUGGAUUUCGCAGGGGAAAAGGAGAGCUCCAGAGCGCGCUUUCCCGUCCGCUGGGGGAACGAAGCGAGGAGCAGAAGCUCUGGGCCAGCGGUCUUACGGACGCCUCUUCCUCCUCCGUUAUCUUGCUUCACACCCGGUUUCCUCACUCUUCCUGGCUUCCUCUUUUCACCCGUUUUUUCCCACGUUGGCACAUCUUGGCCUCUUUUCGCUUUCACUUCGUCUGCCGCUUCCCGGGGCUCAGUUCCAGAGCAACCUGUGCUCCCCGCAGGACGAAACCCUGAGUGGCUGCCUGGCUCCAUCUGCUCCCUGGGACUCUCUUUUUCUCUUGCGGGGGAUCCCACCCGGCCAGCCACGCUGGAGGCUAACAUCACAAGGCCCCUUUUAAGCAGGGGGCCGGUAGAAGAUUAUGAGUCUUUGGGACAGAAGGAUCCCCGGCAAGUGGAAAAGGAAUAUUACAGGACGCUUAGAAACCAGCGUGUCCUCCUUGCCAGCUUUGCUGCCGUGCUGGGGAAUUUCAAUUUCGGCUUCGCUUUAGUGUACACCUCGCCCGUCAUCCCAGCUUUGGUGAAAUCUCCAGUCCCUAACUUGCAACUAACACAGGCUACCGCUUCCUGGUUUGGGUCCAUCUUCACCUUAGGAGUAGCUGCAGGGGGUCUGUGCACCAUGUAUUUCAACGACCGCCUGGGGCGCAAGCUGAGCAUCAUGUUCUCCGCCGUCCCUUCCGUCAUCGGAUACUUCUUCAUGGCCAGUGCCUAUGAGAUCUGGAUGCUGUUGGUCGGGAGGCUGCUCACGGGCUUCGCAGGCGGGGUGACGUCGGCCGCCAUUCCAGUCUAUAUUUCCGAGAUCUCCCACCCAGGAAUCCGAGGGGCGUUGGGCUCCUGUCCUCAGAUCAUGGCUGUUUUGGGCGCCCUCUUCCUUUACGCUUUGGGUCUCCUGGUCCCCUGGCGUUGGCUGGCGGUUGCGGGAGAAGUCCCGGUUCUUCUCAUGAUCUGUCUGGUCUUCUUCAUGCCUGACUCGCCGCGUUUCCUGAUUUCCAAGGGGAAGGAAGACGAGGCCCUCGGCGCGCUCCAGUGGCUGAGAGGCAAAGAUGUGGAUUUUUGGUGGGAAUAUGAGCAGAUCAAAGCCAGUGUUCAGGAACAGAGCCAACCCAUUUCUUGGACAGAGAUCCGGAAGCCUUACAUCGUCAAACCCAUUGUGAUAACUCUGUUGAUGAGAUUUCUACAGCAGCUUUCGGGGGUUACCCCAAUCCUGGUCUAUUUGCAGUUGAUAUUUGACAGCACAGAGGUCAUCCUGGCCCCUCAGUACGACGCUGUUAUUGUGGGGGGUGUUCGCUUAGCCUCUGUACUGGUUGCUGCUUUCUCGAUGGAUAAAGCCGGGCGAAAGAUUCUCCUCUAUGUCUCUGCUUGCAUCAUGCUCGCCUCAAAUCUAACGUUGGGCUUGUACAUCCACUUCAUCCCUCGGUUUUCCCAUAACUGUUCGGUGAUGGUGGUGAAUGGGACCCACGAGGGCCUUGCCAACAGUUCAAUGGUGGGUCUUACAGUGAUCCCUUUGAUUGCCACCAUGUUCUUCAUCAUAGGCUAUGCCAUGGGCUGGGGUCCCAUCACAUGGUUGUUGAUGGCAGAAGUUCUUCCUCUGAAGGCCCGAGGGGUGGUCUCUGGUCUCUGUGUACUUGUGAGUUGGUUGACUGCCUUCGCUGUGACAAAAGUCUUUCUGUUGGUUAAGGAAAAAUACGGCCUGGAAGUGCCUUUUUUUUUCUUCAGCACCAUCUGCGUGGUGAGUCUCGUCUUCACCUAUCUCAUACCUGAAACCAAAGGAAAGUCCUUGGAACGGAUAGAGUCCUACUUCCGCACUGGGCGGAGAUCAUUCCUGGAGUCAUUCCGACGCCACAGGUGAGCAUCCAACACCAGCUCAAGUCUGGAUGCUGAAAGUGGCACUUUUCAGGCGGACAUCAGGUUAUCGCUAUCAAAGGGAGCACUUGUUCCCCCCCCCCCAAACAGGGAGUGUACCAAACAAAUUGUUAAUUUGUUCGCUAAAAUGGAAGGGGGAACUGCUGUAGUACCUGAGAGAUUCAAAACAAAACAAGAAGUUCUCUAUUUGAAUCUCAUCUUUGCCAUGAACUUUUGAUGGUCGUUGCCAGGCCUUGAUCUGGUCCCUUCCCAGCUGCAACGUGGGAACUCUUGUACUUACUUACCUUACAAGCUUGUUGUUAAGAACUAUUGAUAAUCAUGUAUUAACUGUAGUGCUGCAUAAACAUGAAGCAUAUGGCUGAGAAGGGCAGGUUGGUUUUUAAAAAUAUAUAUCAUAUUUUCUCCUUGUCCCAGGAGAAAAAAAAAUGGUCCCAGCUGGGAAUAGGGUAUGCAGGGCAGUUUGAGAGAAUGUAUUGAAGUUGUUUGCAGUUGGCAUUAUAUACAGCUCUAACAUA